AUGUGGAGUAAAUUUAGCAAAUAUUGGACCGACUUCAAUCUUUUGUUAGCUAUAUUUGUGGUGUUUGAUUCGCGAUAUAAGUUCUCUUUUGUUGAGUUUAGCUAUAAAAAGUUGUAUAGUGAAGGUUCACCACAAUUAAAGAAGGUUGAGGAGGCACUUUUUGCACUUUUUGAUGAAUACAUGCAAGCUUCUCGAGAAAGUCCUGUGGGAAAUGUUGGAGGUGGUAGUGGUAGUGGUGACUUUAAUUCUCGACAAGCUAGUGUUGGGAAUGUUGGAGGAGGCUCUAAUCAUAGUAUUCUUGAGGAGUUUGAUGAUUACGAUAAUAAUGAUAUGGAUUCGACCAAAAAAAGUCAAUUGCAAGUAUGUCUUCUUGAGCCAAGAACUAAAAGAACUUCCAUUAAUAUACUUGAGUUUUGGCAAUCUCAACAGUAUAGGUAUCCAGAAUUAGCUAAAUUAGCUAUGAAUAUACUUUGUGUUUCCGUUUCAACAGUAGCAUUUGAAUCAACUUUUAGUCUCGGUGGAAGAGUUUUGAAUGAAUAUCAAAGUUCCAUGAAGCGUGACAUUGUUGAACCUGUAAUUUGUAGUAGGGAUUGGUUGUUUGAAGAAAAAGGCACUAACUCAAAAAACGUCAUGGAUAUGAACAUUACUGAAGACAAAACAGAGGUUACGAGUUCUAAUAAACUUUAA